UUUUUUAAUCUGUGGUUCCGAGUUGUUGUUGUCGGUUUGAAGUUAUGUUAAGUGCGAUUUUCAAUUGAUAACGUUCAAUUAUAAUAUUAGUGUUGAAAAAUAAAUUAGAAAUAAAAAUUGUUGUCGUUGAAAUAAACAACGAAGAAGGCAAUAAUCGUUAAGUUUUAAAAAUUAAAUAAUAAUAAAUACGACCUAAUUAGAAUAAAAAAUCGAGUAGUGAUAAAAGUAAAUCGAAAGCAAUUAAUUAGUCAAUUUAAAAAUAAUAAUAAAAGUCUGUGAUUGAGUUCUAUUAACCCCAAAGUAAAGUGUAAGUUCUAAAGUAUUGGGGACUCCUAAAGUGGUGCGGUUAAAGUGGUGUAUAAUUGUAAAGUGUAAAGUUGAAAGUCGGACACUUAAAGAAGUUUUACUAAAGAGUGGCUUUUGAAAAGAAGAGGCAGUUACUCAACUUCAAGAUGGCGUUCGCAGCAGCUCGUAUGAUUCUGAAGGACAAACGGCGAAAGGCUUCAAAGGAAGACUUCAGGGAUCCAAGAAAUAGAAGCAAGGCUCGGAGCGCUAGCACCAGUAGCUUUAGGAGUGUAAGUCAGGCUCGGAACAAGCCAGCUGACGGUGGUGGCCAUGUCAACCAGAAGAACGCAGCUGGGCAAAAGUCUACCACGCCUUGUCAGAAAGGAGGCCCAAAAACCCCCGUGAAGCCAUCGGCGCAGAAGGGCGCAGCGAAAACCGCUCCCCCGAAGCAGGCAGCAGCAGCAGCGGCAGUGAAGACUCCUCAGGGCAAGAAGAAGAAAGGCCACAAGCACCAACAGUAUGAGCUGAUUGUCACCAUCAAUCUGUCUGAAUAUGGCCUCACAGAAGAACAAGUUGCAGAAUUCAAGGAAGCCUUCAUGCUAUUCGACAAGGAUGAAGAUGGUACGAUCACGAUGGCAGAACUUGGAGUGGUCAUGCGAUCGCUUGGACAGAGACCUUCAGAGACAGAGCUGCGAGACAUGGUGAAGGAGGUAGAUCAGGAUGGAAACGGCACCAUCGAGUUCAAUGAGUUCCUCCAAAUGAUGUCCAAGAAGAUGCGUGGGGCUGAUGGAGAAGAUGAACUUAGGGAGGCUUUCAGGGUAUUCGACAAGAACAACGACGGUCUGAUAUCAUCGGUGGAGCUGCGUCACGUGAUGACCAACUUGGGAGAGCGGCUCAGUGAGGAGGAAGUCGAUGACAUGAUCCGUGAGGCAGACCUCGAUGGUGACGGCAUGGUCAAUUACGAUGAGUUCGUGACAAUAUUGACGUCGAAAAACUAGUAUGCAGACCCAAGGCCGAAGAGAGAACCUCCCGGAAGCCAGUGCCCUUACUCGUACCUCAAGAAGUACGGAGGGAAAGAAACUCUUAUCUAGUCCUAAAAUUCAUAGACGUGUUGCUAAAGUGGAUCAUUUAAUAGAAACGCGCUUGGUGGCAGUGUAUACGUACCCUUAUCUCAGUUUCCGAUUCUGCGAUUUUUUGUCGCAAUAACAGAUUUUUUGUCGUACGGGGCGAUUUUUUUGUCGCAUGUCGUUUAACAGCUGUGUUGUGUGUAGAACUGAUUAAUAGAGUCGGUGUGUGUGAUAGUUGUUUUUGUUUUCGUGGCUUGAAGUGUAUGUUAAGGCUUUAAGGUUAUAUGUCAUGUUGCAUUUUAAAAUAAAAUAAAAUGAAAUGAAAAUCAUACCGUUCUUAGUUGGGUUGUAUUCUGAAAGGAAUUACUGAAAUUAAGAAAAAAAAUUGGUUUAAGUCAUUCUUAGAAAAGAAUACGAUCAUGGGCUUUAAAUUCUUAGAGCAUUACUUAAAUAAACUGAUAACAACAAUAAAUAAAAAAAUAAACAGUUUGAGGAAAUUCAAAAUGAACAAAAACACUCGGAUUGUUUGAGUAAAAUACGGAUUCGGUUUAAAUACUUAUGCUCUAAGAAUAAGUUCAAAAUCUUUUUUAUUUUUUGUCCAUAAAGACUUCGCGAUUUCCGUUCAAACGUGUUAACUAUGUAUAAGUAAUAAUAAUACAUUCAUGGAAAAUAAAUAAUAGUUAAUACUAAUAAUAAUAAUUAUGCUUGAUUAAUAAUGCGUCGAUGUGCGUUAGUAACAUUUAAAAAUAUAAUUUAUCAGGUUUUUGUUAAU